UAAAAAGCCAAAAGGAUCACGUUUCACUUGCAGUUUCACUACAACCAUUCACAAUUAUAACCUCCUAAUCACCAUCGUUUUUGUUAGCUAAUCAGUGUGCUCUUCUUCCACUGUAAUCCACCAAAACACUUAAUUCCAAUCGCCAUUUUCCAUGUGAAUCCCUUCAGAUUUCUUUUCCUCGUAACUCUCACCAUUUCCAUCUAUGGAAUAUCUUUAAAAAGCACUUCAAACCCAACAAAAAUUUCAAUUUCACUCCAAAAAUGGUGCCCUUGAACUCUCUUCUACUACUCUAUCUUCUCUCGUUCUCGUUUUCUUUGGCUGUUUCCCUCGCCGGAGACUCUGAGAUACUCAUCCGAGUCAAGAAUGCUCAACUAGACGACCCGGAUGGUAAACUCAGUGACUGGGUAGUUUCAAGAACUGACCCAAGUAGUCCUUGUAAGUGGACUGGUGUUACUUGUGACUCAGUGAAUCAUACUGUUGUUGGUAUUGAUCUGUCGGGGUUUAAUAUCUCCGGUGGUUUUCCGUCUGGGUUUUGUCGGAUACUGUCACUGAAGCAUCUGACUCUUGCUGACAAUAAUUUCAAUGGAAGCUUGGAUUCUCGUACUUUGUCUUUAUGUUCACACUUACAUGUCUUGAAUCUCUCUGCCAACUUAUUCGUCGGAGAAUUGCCUGAGUUCCCACCGGAGUUUGUUGAUUUACGUGUUCUUGAUCUCUCCAGCAAUAAUCUCUCCGGUGAUAUUCCGGUCAGUUUGGGUACUCUCAAGUCUCUGGAAGUGCUGAGUCUGACUCAGAAUAUUCUCAACGGCACAUUCCCAGGAUUUGUGGGCAAUCUGACCGAGUUAACUCGUUUAGAACUCGCUUAUAAUCCGUUCAAGCCGAGCCCUUUACCUAAAGAAAUUGGAAAAUUAACAAAGCUGCAGAAUUUAUUUCUUGUUUCAACCAAUCUAAACGGUGAAAUUCCUGAGUCAAUCGGGGGACUCGUUUCGUUGACUAAUCUUGACCUGUCGGGAAAUUUCCUCACCGGUAAGAUUCCUGACACUAUUUCAGGAUUGAAAAACAUAAUCCAAAUUGAGCUUUUUAACAACCAAUUAUCUGGCGAGUUACCCGAAAGUUUAUCAAAUUUAAGUACUCUACUUAAAUUCGACGCUUCACAGAACAAUCUGACAGGAAAUUUGCAUGAAAAGAUCGCAGCUUUGCAGUUAGAAUCAUUGUUUCUGAACGAUAAUUACUUCACCGGAGAAAUCCCAGAAAGCUUGGCUUUGAAUCGGAAUCUGUUAGAAUUACAUCUCUUCAACAACAGUUUCACCGGAAAAUUACCAUCAAAUCUCGGAAGGUACUCAGAUUUAUAUGAUAUUGAUGUUUCUACUAAUGAAUUUACCGGAGAAUUUCCAAAGUAUUUUUGUCACAGGAAAAAACUUGAACGAGUUAUAGCUUUUAAUAAUCAUUUCUCUGGUAAUUUGGCCGAGUCAUUGGGUGAUUGUAGCAGUUUAAACUAUGUCAGGAUUGCUAAUAAUCAGAUUUCAGGUCCGGUCCCGGAAAAUUUCUGGGGUUUUAAGAAUCUUGGUUUUCUUGAAUUAUCCAAUAAUAAAUUUGAUGGUCCAAUAGCUAGAUCGAUCUCUAAUGCUAAAGACUUGACUCGGCUUCUACUCACUAAUAACAAAUUUUCCGGAAAAUUACCGGCGGAAGUUUGCGAACUGCGUGAGCUUUUGGAGAUCAGUUUGAGCCGGAAUCGGUUUCUUGAUGAGUUGCCGUUAUGCAUAACUGAGUUGAAGAAAUUGCAGAAGCUGGACUUGCAAGGAAAUAUGUUUUCAGGGGAGAUUCCGAGUUCAGUGAGUUCUUGGAGUUAUUUGACGGAGUUAAACUUGUCGAGGAAUCAAUUCUCCGGCAAGAUUCCAUCAGAACUUGGUAACUUACCGGUUUUGAAUUAUCUUGAUCUCGCUGAGAAUUCGCUUACGGGUGAAGUUCCUGUGGAGUUGACCAAGUUGAAGCUUGUUCAGUUCAAUGUCUCUGAUAAUAAAUUGUCUGGAAAAGUACCUGUAGCUUUCAGUAGCGGGUUUUAUCUCUCUGGUUUAACGGGUAACCCGAGUCUCUGUAGUCCGGUUUUGAAACCAUUUCCGUCAUGCUCCAAAUCGAAACCUGUCACUCUGUACAUAGUAGUCGUUUUAGCCAUAUGUGUGAUAAUUCUUGUUGGGUCAUUGCUAUGGUUCUUCAGAGCCAAGUCAGUAUUCCGGAGGAACCCGAAAAAAUUAUAUAAAGUAACUACAUUCCAGCGGGUCGGGUUCAACGAAGAAGACAUAUUUCCUUACUUGACAAAAGAAAAUCUAAUCGGGUCGGGUGGUUCAGGACAAGUCUACAAAGUGAAUCUCAAAACAGGACAGACAGUGGCAGUCAAGAGACUAUGGGGAUCAUUAAAUGCACAGAAACCUGAAUCCGAAGCGGUUUUCCGGUCAGAAGUCGAGACAUUAGGCCGAGUUCGUCAUGGAAAUAUCGUAAAAUUGCUGAUGUGUUGCAGUGGAGAGGAGUUCAGAAUUUUGGUUUAUGAGUAUAUGGAGAAUGGCAGCUUAGGAGACUUAUUACAUGGGGAGAAAUGUGGCGGAUUGCUAGACUGGAAAGAGCGGUAUACGGUGGCGGUCGGAGCGGCCCAAGGAUUAGCUUACUUGCAUCAUGAUUGUGUUCCGCCAAUUUUGCAUAGAGAUGUGAAGAGUAAUAAUAUUCUGUUGGAUGGUGAGAUGAGAGCUCAUGUUGCUGAUUUUGGGUUGGCUAAGGCAUUGCAUAAAGAGGGUGUUGAAGGUGGUGGUAUAAUGUCUCGUAUUGCCGGAUCUUAUGGUUACAUUGCUCCAGAAUAUGGCUACACGCUUAAAGUGACGGAGAAGAGCGAUGUGUACAGUUUUGGUGUAGUGUUACUAGAAUUGAUCACAGGCAAAAGGCCUAAUGACUCGUGCUUCGGUGAGAAUAAGGAUGUAGUGAAAUGGGUGACCGAGGUUACUUUAUCAGCAUCAUCAUCGCCCGAAGACGGAAGUGAAAAUGGCGGCAACACUUGCUACAAAGAUUUAGGAGCGAUAAUCGAUUCAAAGAUGAACACAUCUACAUUUGAUUAUGAAGAAAUUGAGAAGGUUUUGAAUGUAGCUCUUCUUUGCACUUCUGCAUUUCCCAUUACGAGACCUUCGAUGAGAAGAGUCGUUGAAUUACUCAAGGAUCAAAAACUAGGCCGUUCUAAAUAACUUCGAAGGUUUUUAGAGAUUAGAAGGUGAUCGAACGGUUGAAAAAUAUUAAAUGAAAAUGAAGUUUAUGAAAGAAGGAUCGUCAAUUGUCGGAUUUCAUUAAUAGUUUUAACAACAGGAAUUGGACUAAAUUGGCACUAAAAUUUUGGAUUUUCUUUUUAAUUUUUGCCAAGAUUAUGUGUCUUUGUAGUUGUAUAAUGUAAUGUUAGCCGAUAAUUAGUUGAAAUGAUAUGGGAAUAGAAUGAAGGUAAAUUAAUUAAA